ACUUGAAUGGUAUGCUGCGGUUGAAAAAAGGAAAGAGAGAUCGAAAUCUCAUUCGCCGGCCCCUUUCCAAAGCCUUGGGCAGAAAGCAUUCGCCGAAAAACCAUGCUAAAACCCCCACCCCAGAUAGCAGCAACCUGAUCAUCAUCAUCGUCACCGCAAAUGGGGAAGUCUCUCACUCUAAUUCACGUAUCCUUCCUUCUCUUCCGUCCCAGAUCCAUGAUUACUUCCUUGACGCGAGUAAUCUCUCUCUCAUUACCCAAACCUAUUGACAAUACCCUCUUUUCGCUAUCUCCCUCUUCGCUUUUUUUCUCCACCACGUCCACCCAAUUCCCUCUUCAGUACGAUAUGAUCAUCAACCGCCCAACUCAGUCCCAACCUCGCCACACCCCAGCCCGCGUACGCAAGUCAAACCCAGACUACUCACCAGAGUUUGAUUCACCAGAGAAACCCGUUUCGGAACAGGGCUUCGAGGACUGGGUGGAUGAAAAGCUGUUAUCAGAGAGCGGAACAAACCGACCCAGUUCGGAAAAAUUGGAAAUGGACAAGUCUAUGAGGAAGUACUACAGUAAGAGGAGGAAGAGGAUGUAUGGGUCGGAUUCGGAUGAGGAUGGUAAGCGGCACGAUGAGGGGUUUGUGGAACUGAAGCCUGAGGUGGUGGAGUUUAAUAGAUUGCAUGAGAGAGAGGAGGAGUUGUAUUUUUACGAUACGUUUGCGUAUCCGUGGGAGAAGGAGAAGCAUUACAAGAUGGUGUAUCAGUUGGAGAAGAAGUAUUUUCCUGAUCAUUGCCUCGACAAGGCAUUUCUUGAACCCGGCGAAUCGAAUGCAAAUAAUGCGAAGGGGAAGGUAAAAAAGAAAGCUGGUGUUAAGAGUGGGGAGAAGAACUGUGAGGAUCACGACGAGGGAGGGGAUGGUAAGAAGUUGGUGUUCUUUGACGAAGAAGGAGAACAAAAGGGUAGGGAGGAAUUAGCGAAGAAGGAUGCGAGUAAGGAUGUUACGGAGAAGAAGGUAGAGGAGUUCUUUAAGUGUUUGAAUAAAGUUCCCAAAAAGGAUGGUGAAGUCGUGAAUGAGCCAUACCUUGUGACAAGGAGUAUGGAGCUUCCGCCAAGAUGGGAUAGUCCGUGCGGGACGGUGGUUUUAGUGAACAAACCCAAAGGAUGGACAUCAUUUACAGUUUGUGGAAAGCUGCGUCGCCUAGUCAAAGUGAAAAAGGUAGGGCAUGCCGGAACCCUUGAUCCAAUGGCAACUGGUUUGUUAAUUGUAUGUGUUGGUAAAGCCACAAAGUUGGUAGACAGAUAUCAAGGUAUGAUUAAGGGCUAUAGUGGGGUUUUCCGACUAGGGGAGGCCACUUCGACUUGGGAUGCUGAUUCAGCGGUCAUUCAGCGGGAGCCUUGGGAGCAUAUCAAAGAUGAGGAGAUAAAGAAAACUGCCGCCUCCUUUUGUGGGGAAAUUUGGCAGGUUCCCCCGAUGUUCUCUGCUAUCAAAGUUGGAGGAGAAAAGAUGUAUGAGAAAGCAAGAAGGGGAGAGAGCAUUGAACUUUCACCUAGAAGGAUUUCAAUCUUCCGGUUUGAUAUUGAGCGUAGCUUAGAUGACAGGCAAAAUCUGAUUUUCCGGGUGACAUGCUCCAAAGGUACAUACAUACGUUCACUAUGUGCAGAUUUUGGGAAGGCUCUUGGCAGUUGUGCUCAUUUAACUGCUCUUCGAAGGGAUUCAAUUGGUGAAUAUUCAGCAGAUGAUGCAUGGGACUUCAAAGAGCUGGAAGAGUCAAUUACCAAAAGUUAUUUCUAAUUGCCUCUCUAAUCUGUUGCUUGCUCCCAGAAGUUUUGGAGCAACAAUGAUGAACAGAUCCACAGUAUAGGAUAGAACAUUUUCAAGUGCACAGGGUUUUUAUUCUCAGCUGUUCUCUUUGAAAAUUUAAUAUCAGGGGAAAAAAUAAAGAUGUUGUACCAUUAACGAGAUAAUAAUAACAAUUGGAAGUUAUCAAGGUUUA